UGAUUUUGUGUGAUUUUAAUCCAAAACCCAUCAAAUCAAUAUUGGAUUUUUCUUGGCUUAAUUUCUCGUGAGGUUUUUUUUUUUUUGAUCAGGUGAUUCAAGGGAUCAACUUUCUCGAUUGGGGGUACUUUUUGUUGAUUUCAAAGAGAUGAAUUUCAGGAGCCUGGAGGACUUUUGGGCCUUUUAUGUGAAUCAGCACUCGAAACCAUCGACAAGACGCUGGCACUUUGCUGGCACACUCUUGAGUAUUGUGUUGUUUAUAUAUUCUAUGUUGUUUAACUGGUGGUUCUUGGUGUUUGUGCCAAUAUGUGGUUAUGGAUUUGCCUGGUACAGUCAUUUCUUUGUGGAAGGGAAUGUUCCUGCCACUUUUGGGCAUCCCUUUUGGUCCCUUUUAUGUGACUUCAGGAUGUUUGGGUUGAUGCUUACUGGGAAAAUGGAUAGAGAGAUCAAGAGGCUUGGAAAGAGACCUAUCUUACAGGGCUUCUGAGGGUUCUUAUGUAAAAACCUCCCCCCUCCCCCCCUCCUUUCUGUUAAAUUCAUGAUACAAUUACUUGUAUUUCAUCUGUUUUCUAGGAUGCUUUCAGCUCUAGUUGAACUCUUGUUUUACAUCUUGCCUCUGACAAUGUUUAAUCACGUUUCUGUUAAACUUAUGAUGAAUAACUGAGUAGAAUUGAUUGAUGAACAGCAAUAAUUUGAGACUUAGCUGGAUGUUGUUGGUGUAAA